AUGAUUGAUUCGUACAUUCGUUUGUAUAUUACAAUUAUUUUUUUAUCAAUUUGUUUUGUUAUUAAUACACAAAGUGAUUCACUGUCUACUUUGGAAUCAACCAUAAUUUCUCAUGGUGGACAAGUAUUGCGAAUAACUGAUCCACAAUACAAAGCAGCAGCUACACUUCAUAACAGAGCAAUACAAACAUGGCCCGAUCUUAUAUUACGCCCAGCAACUUAUAAUGAUGUAUCAUUAGCACUUUCGACACACUCUUCUAUUCAAAUACCGAUUCGUAUAAUGGGAGGGCGACAUAGUCAUGGAGGUUAUUGUAGUCAUCAAGGUACAGUUCUUGAUUCUGCACUUCUAAAAGGUCUCACAAUUGAUUGGAAAACGGAAACAGUAACUAUGCAAGCAGGUGUUCUAUGGCAAGAUGUUUAUAGAGCUUUAAAUGGAUCCGAAUAUAUUGUAAUGGGUGGAAUAUGUCCAACAGUAGGUGUUGUAGGUUUUACAUUAGGAGGUGGUAAUAAUGCUAUGUAUAGUCGUUCGUAUGGUCUUGCAACUGAUAAUGUCCUUAACUUUACAGUAGCAUUAUACAAUGGAAGUAUUGUGACGGCAUCAUCUAAUACUAAUGCAGAUCUAUAUUGGGCACUACGUGGUGGUGGAGGUGGAAAUUUUGGUUAUGUUCUAGAAAUGACACAAAAACUGCAUCGAAUCAAUGGUACACAUUUGCCUAAUGGUCAAUUUUCAUUUUUAAAUAUAACUUGGAUGGAUGCAGAUAUUAGAACAGCUCUUAUCAAUUGGAUGAGAUUUGUAAAAGACAUUGCUGAUGUUGAUACUCGCAUUUCUUUUCUUGUACUUUUGGCUGUUAACGGCAAAAGCAACUUUCUUAUGGUGUACUGUUCAUUCAAUGGGCCACACUUCGAUGUUGACAAAGUGUUUCAGCCGUGGUUGUCACAACAUCCGAAACCUACCUUUUACAAUGUGUUCAACUAUACACAAUCUGAUAUAAGUAGAGUGCUCGGUAUUCCGUUCCCUGUCGUAAAUCGAGAACAUAUUUUAUCGACUAUGGCCAUCAAUAUCACUGAAGCCAUGUUGGAUGUUAUUUUAGAUUUUCAACCAAAUUCCACUCUUGAUAUUGGAUCAUGGACGGAAAUCGUUUAUCUCCAUAAUACCAACAAAGAUAAAAAUACUGCCUAUGCUUUCCCUGAUAUUGCAUUUGAUAUUGUACCAGGUGUUUCAUGGAAGAAUCCUGAUUAUGAUCCUUAUGCAAGACAAAUGAGCGAAAAAUUCCUUGAGAAGUUAAUAGAUGCAGCAGCACCUACAAAAAGUAUUGUUGGAGCAUACAUUAAUCAUAUUGAUCCAUAUUUACGAGAUUGGCAAACAAUGUACUACCGUAAUAAUUGGGAUCGUCUUCGAGAUAUUCAAACAAAAUGGGAUCCAACAUGGUAUUUUCGGUUUCCACGGGGUAUUCCACCCCGACAAUAA